AUGAUUUACGAAAUUCUCGGCGUUCAUCCGCGAAUUACUGAGUCGCUCUUCAUGUGCAGAUCUGACUAUGUCGACAUCAAAUACUAUCGGCAUCACCAGCUUGCGAAUUAUUCUUCGAAAAAAAGAUCACCCUUAUCAAUCAAAAUGAUCCUGAAAGCUGUCGUCAUAAUACACAGCCAUGGGGUCAGUCAUUCGGAUCUUGCACUCCGACAGGUUUUCCAUGAUGAUGAUUUCCAUGUACGACUUGGCAAAUUCAAGCCUUCCCAGUGCCCAGGCCCUCUAGCAUUAGGCUACGAGAAGGUAUCACAUGACCUGUCAUGA